GAGGCCAUGACAGCGAUGGAACUGGAAGGAUUAGCGUGGAUCUUUUGCAGGAGAACGUUGGGAGGAGGGGGAGUGGCUGCGCCGACGAGGCGGCCGGGCUGACUGACGGAGGAGGGCGCCGGGCUCUGGUGUCGUCGUCCGUGCUCGCCAGGUGCUCGGUUGCAAACACAGCUAUGUGGGUUUUCAGCUUCAACCGCAAAGGCCCCUCCGGCUUCUCCGGCGCCUCCACCGCCGAGGAGGUCACCGCCGGCAUCGACGCCCGGGGUUUGGUCGCCGUCAUCACAGGUGCAUCGAGUGGCAUCGGGCUGGAGACGGCGCGCGUCUUGGCGCUGCGCGGCGCGCAUGUUGUCAUGGCCGUGCGCAAUGUCGCUGCUGGUCACAGGGCCAGCGAGGGGAGCUGCGCCGAGAUCCCCAGCGCCAGAGUCCAUGUGCUGGAGCUGGACCUCAGCUCUAUGGAUUCGGUGAGGAGAUUUGCAUCCGAGUUUGACUCUCUAAACCUACCGCUCAACAUACUCAUUAAUAAUGCUGGAAUCCUGGGAGAUAACUGCACACUCUCCAUCGACGGUCUAGAAUUGCAUUUUGCCACAAAUCACAUUGGCCAUUUUCUUCUAACAAACCUCUUACUGGAGAACAUGAAGAGUGCAAGUAGGGAAAGUGGCGUUGAAGGAAGAAUCAUAAAUGUGUCGUCUUCGGGGCAUAUUAUGACAUAUCCUGAAGAGAUAUGUUUUGAAAAACUGAAGGAUCCUUCAAGAUUAAACCGUCUUAUUGCUUACGGCCAGUCCAAGCUUGCCAACAUUUUGCACUCUUAUGAGCUGGCACGCGUUCUGAAGGGAGAUGGUGUGAACAUUUCAGCAAAUGCAAUCCAUCCAGGUGUUAUUGUAACCAACCUGUUCAGGCACAAUACUAUUAUCAAUGGUAACUCCUAGACCUUGCAGAAGAAAAUUAUGCAGUGAAACUAGGUUUUGGUAACAACUCAGGAUUUUUGAUUGUUCCUAGAGUGGAAAUCAUGCUUGUCCUGAUGUUAUUUAAACACAUAUCUGCUUAUAACUAUGUAAUUUUUAACUGUUCUUGCGCAUUGGUUCUCUUGCAGCUCUAAUGAGCUCCAUUGGAAGAAUCACAUCAAAAAAUGUAGAACAGGAAACAUUACCCCCACCCACCCCCAAAGUCAUCUUAGUUAUCUAGUUAUGUUAUUGCAUGUAAGUAGGCCUGUUUAAACCUUAGGCUAGCCUG